AUGGCGACGCGUCCGUCGCCAGAGGACGGCGCCGGGGACGCGCCCGUCCCUUCGACGUCGUCCUCGGCGUCUCGCGACCCCGGGACGACGCUAGCGAGGAGGAAGAAGCUCUCCAUCGACUACCUCCUCGAGGGCGAGAGCGUGAGGACCAAUCCGUACCUGCGCGCGUUCGCGUCGUCCGCGCUCUCGGAAACGAUGCGCGCGGACCCGAACUACAAGUCGUGGGCGAACAUCAACGGGAAGGUGCUCAGGAAAGAGAUCGCGGAGGCGUCCGCGGCCGCGGCGAGGGUCCCGGCCGCGAUCGCAAAAGCGCGCGACGGGGACGCGCGCGGGGACGGGGGCCGUCCCCGCGGCCGAAAGAACGCCCCCGCCGCGACGCCGACGCCGACGGCGCUCGACGCGACCGCGCGCGGGGACGGCGACGACGCCGGCGAUCCCCUCGGCGAUGGCGCCGGCGUCGUCAUCUUCGACCUGUGCUCCGGGAAAGGCUUCACGUCGCUCCUCCUCGCGCAUCGAUAUCCCAAGGCGAGGGUGUUCAUGGUCGACAAGUGCGCGAAGAUGAAUCUGAAACACUUGGACUCGCUGGCGGGCCGCGUGUCCUUCUCCGCCGCGGACCUGUACGCGCGCGACGUCGAGGUUCUCAUCCGCGACGCGCUCGCCGAGCACGGCGCGAAUGGGAGCUGCAUCGUGGGCGUGCACCUGUGCGGCGACCUGUCGCGCCGCGCGGUCGAGCUUUUCAUCGCGUGCGGUGUCGACGGAUUAGUUUUGUCGCCGUGUUGUCUCGUGCGGGAGUUGAACGCGGGGAAGCGGCCGCGCGGGAGGUUCGGGUACGGCGUCGCGUCGCUCGCGCGGCGGAGCAACGUGGACGCGUACAAGCUGUGGUGCGUGUUUUUGUUCAAUCACAUCAGGGUCGCGAUGGACGCGACGACGGGCGACGGCGGGGACGACGACGGCGUGGGGGGGGACGGCGCGGCGGCGGCGGCGGAGGCGGAGGCGGCGGCGGAGGCGGAGGCGGAGGCGGAGGCGCGCGGGGGACGACGGCGGCGGCGCGUGGACUUGAACUGGGACGAGGACAUGAUCAGCGAGAAGUGCGCGUUCUUGUGCGCGUCGCGCGGGAGCGUGCUGUGCGAGCCGUGCGCGUAG